GCUUAUUCUGCCCUACCCAAAACGAGGUCGGCGACCACCCUCGCACCGCGCACGCGUGGCGGUAGCCCAGCACUCCUGCCCGCGCACGGUACCUAGGCUCCGCCCCCCGCAACGGCCACCUGCCGGUCACAGACCCGCGUCGCCCACCGGCAGCCGCCGUCCUCUCGCGUCUCUUACCUCACGCGCGGAUAAAUAGCAAAGCACCUCUCUGCUUCUCCGCCAUUUCUUUCCUGUUCGGAUCGGGUCAGGUCAGUGCUCCGUGUUGCGUCCCCUAACAAGAAGAAAGAAGAAAAGAAAAAGGAGAGUUUCUUUCGGGUCGUCCUUCUCUCGGAUUGUCGAAAGGCCGCUCCUUUAGGAGAUUUGCGCGCUUCUCGUCGAGAUUAGUCGUCCGGUGUUCGGAUCGAGCUGUUUGGGGUGGAGGAAUUUUGAGGCCAAGACAAGAAGAGAGUCGGAAUCGGAUCGGGAGUUCUUGUGGUCCGAGGUUGCGGGAAAAAAAGCGAGGGAUUUUUGGGAGGAUUUCUUGUUUGAGGGGAAAAAAAUCGGUUUGUUGAGCGGAUUAGAGGCGGAGAUGGGAGCCGGGGCUGAGGUCAUGCAUCAGGUCGUGCCGCUGCUGGAGCCGCCGUUCCACCGGUGCGUCGUUAAGAGCGUCGAUGUCAUGGAGGAGGUGGUCACCGUGGCGCCUGGGCAGGUGCAGCCGGCGACGUCGCCGAAGGCGGUGGUGGAGGUUGCCGUAGAGGUGCCCGAUCUGGAGUUCAAGAGAGCUUCUAAUGCUGGGAGUAGUGUAUCUGCAGAACAACUGCAAUUUGUCCCUAGCAUUAGAUCUGGUAGCUUUGCUGAUAUUGGGCCUAGGCGGUUCAUGGAAGACGAACAUAUUAGAAUUGAUGAUCUUUCUGGUCAUCUUGGCUCACUGUUGAUGGUCUCUGCACCUAGCGCCUUCUAUGGGGUGUUUGAUGGUCAUGGGGGUUCAGAUGCAGCAGCCUACAUGAAAACACAUGCAAUGAGGUUGUUCUUUGAAGAUGCUGACUUCCCUCAAACAUCACAAGAAGAUGAAAUAUAUGCUGGAUCUGUUGAGGAUUCAGUCCGCAAAGCUUUCUUGCGGGCUGACCUUGCUCUUGCUGAUGAUUCCGUCAUCAACCGUUCUUCUGGCACCACAGCGCUGACAGCAUUGGUCCUCGGGAGGCAAUUGUUAGUAGCAAAUGUUGGGGAUUGCCGUGCAGUCCUGUGUAGGAAAGGAACAGCGGUGGAGAUUUCAAAGGAUCACAGGCCGACAUAUGACGCAGAGCGUCAAAGGGUUAUCGAGUGUGGUGGAUACAUUGAGGAUGGCUACCUCAACGGUGUACUCUCUGUGACCCGGGCUUUAGGGGACUGGGAUAUGAAACUGCCCCAAGGCUCUCCAUCGCCUCUUAUCGCUGAGCCAGAGAUACACUGGACCACCCUGACAGAGGAAGAUGAGUUCCUCAUCAUUGGCUGCGAUGGCAUAUGGGACGUGAUGAGCAGCCAGCACGCGGUGAGCACGGUCCGAAAGGGGCUCCGGAGGCACGAUGACCCUGAGCGGUGUGCUCGGGAGCUUGCCAUGGAAGCGAAGAGGCUUGAGACCUUUGACAACCUCACUGUGAUCAUCGUGUGCUUUGUCCCUGACCUCGCGGGGGCUGCCUCAGCAGCUGCGCCUUCUUCAGAGCAGGCUCCGGCUCCCGCUGGAAGGAUCAGGUGCUGCAAGAGCCUGUCGCCGGAGGCACUCUGCAAGCUGAGGAGAUGGCUUGAGUCUGACCAUUAGACGCUGCUGUAGAGAGAGGCCUGUGUUUCUGUGCUGUGGCUGUGUAAAUAUUUCUGCGCUGAUGUUGUUCGUACGUCUAGUACGGCUGUGCUUACACGGCCAGCAAUUUUGUAGCGAGUUCCUGAGGCCGCGGCGCCGCCUCUUUUGUUUCACACCGUUUUGUUGGAUGUACAUACCAUUGUUGCCGUUGCUACUCGGUGCGGCUCAGUUUGGCAGAGGGGAUAUCUGGCCUCAAUUCGUUUGUCUUAUAAGCUA